AUGACCUUAGAUCUUAAAAGGUUUAGUAAAGACAGUCACGACAUUCAGGUUAUCAAUGCUUUAUCAGAAGCACCAAAUUUGAACGAUUCUCAAAAUGCUCGCGCUAUUGAAUCUCCGAAUUUGAUGGCGGUUUCUAAGAAAAACAUCGUUACAUUAGAAGCACCUUCUUCGACAUCUGUUACAGCUAAUAAUGUUAACAUUAACGCCGUUAAUGAUGGUAAUGACUUGCAGAUCAACAGCUUUGAUCCUAACAAUUUGAAUGGAGAGGCCCAACCAAUUGAUGAAAUUGUCAACGGUUUUAGAACAUGCCUGAGAUAUUUCCUGCCUCCCAACUGGCAUAUGGACAAAGAAACAGUGUCGUCAUUAGAUAAUAUACAGCUGUCACGUUUUCCAUUGGAAGAUUUUUUUGAUCAGUAUGAAAAGGGACUAAAAAAGCUCAUUAGCAGUUUCCAACAAGAUGCACAGCAGUCCAGCCACCGCUUGUCAUUUGUCAGAAAAAUGGUUGCCAAACUGCUAAAAACAAUAAAUGAGGAUUUUGAAAUAGAUCCGGAAUGUGAUUCCGAAGAGGUAGACAAUUUGCUGGAAUUGUGUCUACAGCAGGCGCUGGCUCAUGCAAGAAGCUCCAACAAUGCUGCGUAG